UUCCUUCUCUUUUUUUCCCUUGCAACUCUAUAACUGACUCAGUCGGCUGUUAGGAAUUAAUUAAAGUGGUUACAGUUAGCCCUAAACCCCUUUAUAUUGCAACCUUUAUAUAUAUUCGAGCGUGAUAUGAGUGUUUGGUCCAUUGGAUGGGACUCAAGGCUUCUUGCUUGUGUUUAUUCUGGAGUGGUGUGUUUUGGAAUCGCAUAUUAUGUACAAGGAGUUGUGACCAGGGAACGUGGACCAGUUUUUGUGACUUCUUUCAUUCCUCUAAUUAUGAUUAUCACUGCUGUAUUGGGUACCAUUGUCUUGGCUGAGCAAAUUCAUCUUGGAAGCGUAAUUGGAGCUAUUGUAAUUGUUUGUGGGCUAUACACUGUGGUAUGGGAAAAAAGCAAAGACAAUGUGAAUAAUACAGAAGUAGUGAAAGUUGAGGGCCAAGAAUUGCCAAUAAGGGAUAGCAUAAAAUCAGGAUCAAACAUUUUUGAAAACAUUGAUGUUAAUUUGUUAGGUGCUUGGUUGGUGAUGUAAGGAGUUAAGAGUGUGCUGUUGCAAGUUAACUAGAUGAUGGUGUUGGCAUAGCUUUUCCUCACUUAAAUAUGAACUUUUGGCAUCCAUUUUUACUUAAAUGAUCUUUCAGUUCCGAUUUUCCUAUAAUAUAUUAAAUUGAAUUUUGUAUAGUUAGUAGUUACUCUGAAAUACAAGGAUGUAUAUUUAUCAUAUUCUGAAGUGACUAUAGUAUCUAUCUUUGGGUUCUGUGUGUUUUCAUAAACUAUAUAUGAAAUUAAUUUCAUUCUUUAUGAUAUUUUUGGGUUUUGUGUGUUUUCUUCUUCUGGCUUCUAUCUUCAACUGCUUCACAA